AUGAUUAUUUACUCUCUCAAUAUUAGAGGUGGUGGUAAGAGAGUGAAGAGGAGGAGAAUUGGUUUCAACAUUCAAAAGGGAAGGGUGGACAUAGCUUUUAUUCAAGAAACUAAAUUGAAUGCUUUUCACCAUAAGUAUGCCGAGGAGUUGUGGGGUAAUGAAUUGGUGGAAUGGUCCCAUAUGGAGGCGGUAGGGGCUUCGGGGGGAAUUCUAACAAUGUGGAAGAAAGAUUUUUUCAGUUUGCUUUAUAGCUUCCGGGGCGAAGGAUUCUUAGGAGUGUUCGUGGAAAAAGAUAAUAAUAGAAUUUACUUUGUUAAUAUAUAUGCCUCUUGUGACCACAACAUUAGAAUGGCUUCUUGGAAGAAGUUAGUGGAUCUCAAAAGAAAGAGUGUAGCCGGGUCGUGGUGUUUAGGAGGUGAUUUCAAUAUUGUCUCGUCUUUGGAAGAGAGAGUUGGGAUUUCUAAUAAGAACUACAAGAGGGAGAUAGAAGGUUUCAAUGAGUUCAUUGUUGAUAUGGAGUUGGUGGAUCCCCUUACCAUAGGAGGAAAGUUCACUUGGUCCAACAAAAGCGGAAGUGCUUUGAGUAGAUUGGAUAGAUUUCUAUUAUCCAACUCUUUUGUUAAUGAUUGGAAGGUAGAAGGUCAAUCUAUAGGUGAAAGAGAUGUCUCGGAUCAUGCUCCCAUUUGGAUCAAAGACAACAAGAGAGAUUGGGGACCUAAACCUUUUAGAUCUAACAAUCUUUGGUUUUCUCAUGAAGAAUUCUUUAGUUUUGUGGAGGCGAAAUGGAAAAAGUUAGAGGUGAAGGGAAGAGGGGACUAUUGCUUUGUGGAGAAGUUGAGAGCUAUUAAAAACAAAAUCCGCAUUUGGAAUAAAGAGAUUUUCGGAUGGAUUGAUCUUAACAUUGAAGAAGCGGGGAAAGAAAUGCACUUUUUAGAUAACAAGUUUGCUCAUUUUGCAGGUAAUGUUCCGGAGGCGAUUGUUCUUCAAAGAUCGAAGGCGGCUAUUGAUUUUUGGAACAACCUUUAUAAAAAGGAAGGUUAUCUCCGUCUCAAGUCGAGGCAAUUGUGGUUAUCCGAUGGUGAUAAUAACACGCGUUUUUUCCAUAAUUCUCUUAAAGCUAGAAGAAGGAGGAAUGCUUUAUGUUCUCUUGCCUCUAAUAGAGGAGUGUUGGAGAAUGUGGUGGAGAUUAAAGACUAUGUUCAUGAUUUUUUUAAGUCUUUUUUCGAAGAAGAAUUUGAGAGAAGGCCGUCUUUUGGUGAUUUGGGUUUGAAGAAACUUCUUGAGAGGGAGGCUUUUAGUAUUGAACGUCCUUUCACGGAGGAGGAAGUGACGAUUGAAAGAGGUUUGGUUUCUUCCAACCAAACCGCCUUUGUUUCGGGUAGAAACAUGAUGGAUGGGGUUCUUUUGGUGAAUGAGAUAGUAGAUUGGUCGAAGAGGAAGAAAAGAAGUUGCCUUUUGCUAAAGGUGGAUUUCGAAAAGGCUUAUGAUUCCGUUUCUUGGCAAUACCUUAGAGAUAUUAUGUCUUUGAUGGGUUUUGGAGAGAGAUGGAUGAGGUGGAUGGAAGCUUGCAUUUUUAGUAACCAUAUGUCCGUUUUGGUUAACGGAAGCGCUACUAAAGAAUUCAAGGUGCAUAGGGGUCUUAGACAAGGCGAUCCUUUGUCUCCGUUUCUUUUUGUUAUUGCCAUGGAGGGUUUAACUGCUCUCGUGAAAAGGUCGGUUGAGUUGGGUAAGUUCAAGCCUUUCAAGUAUGGGGAAGGUGAGUAUGUGGACAUUCUCCAAUUCGCGGAUGAUACCAUUAUGUUAGGAGAAGCUUCUUGUGACAACAUUUGGAAUCUAAAAGUUUUGUUGAGAGGGUUUGAAUUGGUGUCCGGGUUGAAGAUUAAUUUUUCUAAAAGCAACAUCUUAGGUGUUAAUGUGGGUGAUUGGUAUCUCAAUGCCGCCACGAAGUUUCUUGCUUGCAAGAAUGGUACGCUUCCUUUCAAAUUUUUAGGAAUCAUGGUGGGGGAGAGUCCUAGAAAAAAGAAAGUGUGGACGGAAGUUGUUAAUAAAAUAAAAGGGCGCCUCUCUUUGUGGAAGGGAAGGAACAUUUCAAUGGGAGUAAGACUUACCCUUAUUAAUUCGGUCUUGAAUUCAAUUUCCAUUUUUAAUCUUUCCUUCUUCAAAGUUCCGGGAAUCAUUGCCAAAGAGAUUAGAAGGCUUCAAAGUGAAUUUCUUUGGAGAGGUAAUUUGGAAAAAAGGAGCAUUCAUUGGGUGAGGUGGGAUGUUGUUUGUAGGCCUAAGGAGAAAGGAGGAUUGGGGGUUAGAGAUGUCAAGGAGGUUAAUAAAGCUUUACUUUUGAAGUGGAAGUGGAGAAUUUUAAACGAUGAUAAUGCUAUAUGGAGUAGUUUUCUUAAAGCGAGGUAUGUUAGCCCAAAAUUAAAAAUGCAAGUUUCUAGUGGUGAUUUGAUUAGUGGCGAUGAUUCGAUUUGGUGGAGGGAUUUGUGUAAGAUCAAUUUGCUAGAUGAUUAUGUGGAGUUUGGUUUUACCGGGUGUUUCAAAAGUAGUUGCAUGAAUGGGAAGGAUACUCUUUUUUGGCAUACCGUGUGGGUGGGAGACAAACCCCUUCGCUUUUCUUUCCCGGAUUUGUAUGACUUAUCUAUUAAGAAAUAUUGUUCGGUAGCGGAGAUAUUGAAUUGGGUUGACGGAAGACAUGUGUGGGAUGUUCAAGCUCUUUUUUCUCGGGGAGAUGGUAGUGUUUCGGCUAUGGGGGCAGCAGCGGUCCUUUUGCCGUGUUGGCACCGGUUUCGUGAGCAAGUGGAGGGUCACAUUCUGAGUGAUGGUGCGAGUGACUCUUACGGUUGGUUCUUUAAUUCGGAUAAGGAGUUUACGGUAGCGGGAAUUUCGUGGAUUAUAAAUAACUCUAAAUCUUUAGCUUGGGAUCUUGGUGUGAUCCGUUCUUUGAAAGUAAUGUGGAGCAUUCCAUUACCGCCAAAGAUAAAGAUGUUUUCUUGGAGAUUUUUUGUCGACCGCCUUCCGUCUAAAGAUCUUUUAUUGUUAAGAGGAGUCUCUAAUUUGUCUAAUCCGGAUUGUGAGUUUUGUGGUGUCCAUGUUGAAACUUCUUUUCAUCUCUUUUUUUAUUGUCAAAGGGCGAAAGAGAUUUGGAAACAUAUGUUCGAGUGGCUUGGGAUACCAGAGGCGAUCACCAUAGAGGAGUUUCUUGAUUUUGAGAUUUUACAAGAAAAGGUGAAGAACAAUAAUAGAAAGGCUAAGAUCAAUGUGGUGUGGUUAUCUACGGGGAGGAAUAUUCUUGAAACAGAUCAUCCAGAAGGUCCUUUUGGCACUAAGGGUGGAGACGAAGCAGAUUGUGAUGAAGAUAUGGAAGAAGCUUGUGAUGAUCAUGAAGAUGUGGAAGAAGGUUCUGCUGAAGAUGUGGAAGAAGCUGGUUGUGCAAAAGAUGUGGAAGAAGAACAAGGAGCAGAUCAAGAAGAAUAG